AGCUCCCCCCCCCAGGACUGCUCUCCCCCUAGCCUGCCCCUAGAUCCCUGCCUUUUCCCCGUGUUGGUUCUCGCCUUGCCAGGCCCUCUUCCCUCUUUGGUCCUCUCCUUCUCGCCCUCCUCCCCAUCGCCUUUUCUUCUCUUUUCUUCAUCUCCACGUCCCCCCCCCCCCCAUUCCUUCUUGUCUCCACAGCUGGUGGCUGGAGGUCAGUUCCGAGUGGUCAAAGAGCCCCUGGGCUUCCUGAAGGUACUGGAAUGGGUCUUUGCCAUUUUCGCCUUUGCUACUUGUGGGAGCUACACGGGGGAGCUGAAGCUCAGCGUGGAAUGUGCCAACCGGAGUGAAAGCCAGCUCAGCAUUGACGUGGAGUUUGCCUAUCCCUUCAGGCUGCACCAAGUGUACUUCGAUGCCCCGACCUGCCAGAACAAUGGUGCCAAGAAGGUCUUCCUGGUGGGUGAUUACUCAUCUUCUGCGGAGUUCUUCGUCACCGUGGCUGUCUUUGCUUUCCUCUACUCCAGUGGCGCCCUGGCCACGUACAUCUUCCUCCAGGACAAGUACCGAGAAAACAAUAAGGGUCCCAUGAUC